AUGGUCGAAGAUACAAAGAAUGAGUCGAAAACUCCUCUUCUAUCUACUAAUCUAUCUUAUCCAACACGUCCAUAUGUCGCUCAAAUGCCUGUAUUAAUGCGUAUGAUUGGUCAUUAUACAGAUUCUGGUCGACCUAUGCCAAAAUCUGGUUCACCUGAAGCAGAAGCAUCUAUUUAUAGUCAACAAGAAGAUGAACAAGAACAAAAACUUAUUUAUAAUAAAGAUGUUCAACCAAUAGAACAUAUUAAUCCAUUUGUUCGUUGGCAUAGACGAUGGUAUCAUAGUAAAGUUGUUGAACCAACACCAACUAUUGGUCUUUUUUAUUCACCAUUUAAUAUGGGUAUUGAACCUUGGGCGAUGGGUUUAGGUGAUAUGGGAUGUGGUAAAGUAUUUAAACAAUAUCGUAUGUGUACACAUAUGAUGCCAAGUACUCAUCGAUAUUUAUGUGAAGAUGAAAAAGAUGAUGUUAAAGAAUGCAUACUUGCACAAAAACGAAUUCUUCGUCAUCAAUACAUGUAUCAGCAUCGUGUAAAGAAAAAUUUACCAUUUCCAGAAGAUCCACUAAUCGAUGGUUACAAUUGGCCUUCGUUUAAAUAUCUGAAUUGA